GUCAUCGGCCGCUUCAACUUCUACCUGAUUUCCUUCCUCUCGGCCCUGAAGCGCCUGGUCACCGCCUCGCGAAGCCGCGAGGCGCUGGGCGGCUUCGCGGACGUCACCGGGAUGCUCUUGUUUUGGACCUGGUAUGUGGCGUUGGUGAGUCAAUUUGAAACUUCCAGGGAAAGGCUUUGCUUCGUCCUGGCUUCAAAUUGGACUGUAGGUAUUCUACACAUCCAACUCGUGUUGAGUCAUUUAGCGACGGAAACCUUCACAGCAGAAGAGGCCGCCCGCGACCUUCACGUGAUGUGGGAAGCAGUUUUUCGGGCUUAG